CCUUGAAUCUAACUGUAUAAAUAGAAGUGCCAAAAGUCCCAUGGCGUACACCAGCCCAAAAACCUUCACGCCUUUCCUUACCUGCGUAUGUUAUUUUACAGACCACUCUCAACAACCUUUUAAUCGAAGUUUCCCAGAAGGCCAAAAUUCAUGGGCAACAUCCUCCUGGAAGCUCUCCAUGUUCGUGUAGUAGGUACUGGAGAAAAGUUUCUGGUACUUGCCCAUGGAUUUGGCACUGACCAGUCCGCUUGGCAACGCAUUCUUCCGUAUUUCACCCAUUAUCGUGUAAUUCUCUAUGACCUCGUUUGUGCCGGCAGUGUGAAUCCUGAUUAUUUUGAUUUCAGUAGGUACACAACUCUUGAUGCUUAUGUUGAUGACUUGCUUAACAUUCUCGACGCCCUCGGCGUUGAUCGCUGUGCCUAUGUUGGUCACUCUGUAUCCGCUAUGAUUGGAAUCUUGGCUUCCAUUCGCCGCCCUGAGGUCUUCACCAAGCUCAUUCUCAUCGGUGCUUCUCCGAGAUUUUUGAAUGACAACGAUUAUCAUGGGGGAUUUGAGGAGAGUGAAAUUGAGAAAGUGUUUUCAGCAAUGGAGGCCAAUUAUGAGGCAUGGGUUUAUGGGUUUGCGCCGCUAUCAGUGGGGGCAGACGUGCCGGCAGCUGUUAGAGAAUUUAGCCGGACCCUAUUCAAUAUGAGGCCGGACAUAUCGUUAUUUGUCUGCAGAACUGUGUUUAACAGUGAUCUUAGGGGAUUCCUUGGCCUUGUAAAGGUGCCUUGUUGCAUAAUUCAAACGGCCAAGGAUGUCUCAGUCCCCACAUCAGUAGCUGAAUAUCUCCGGAAACAUCUCGGUGGCCGUACUACGGUGGAGAUUUUGAAUACAGAAGGCCAUUUGCCUCAUUUGAGUGCCCCUGCCUUACUGGGUCCAGUUAUCCGCCGAGCACUAUCAAGAAAUUAGUGGGAGCUAUUUGGAUUGAGCUAUGAAGUGGGUCCAGAAGAAAAUUGUAGUAAGGCUGGAGGUGUCAACAUUUACAAGAAUUUGUGAACACUAGUCCAUGGAUUUGGAUUAUACGAUGUCAAUAAGAGGAUAAGAGAUACCCACGUGACCAGCACGUGAUGACUUGCCCAUCUUUUUGGUUUUCCUUUCUUUGAUCUGUUUUUGUUACUUUCAUCUUUAUUUGGACAUGAAUUGGAAAUCUAUGGAGAAAUGUUAUUAGUGUUUGUA